CCGGCGUAACGACGUUGCCUCCUCCCCUCCCCUCGUCUAGAGUCUAGACCCACGGGCAUAGCCCAUCCAAAGAUCAAAUCUUUUAGUUUUGCCAGCCAGAUAUCUCGUCUCGUCUCAUCUCUGUCACACCGAGGAAGAAGACCCGGCGCCAGCGCCAGCGGCGAUUGAUGGCAUCUCGCUCCCGUGCCCCCCUGGCCGUGGCCCUGUCCCCUCACCCUCUCUAGACCAAAUCUACGAGAGAGGGAUAAGAGUUCCUCCCAGUGGAGAGAGGGAGAGGUCGGAGGAGUACACGGGCUGAUUGCGGCUGCGGCUGCGACUGCGACUGGUGGAUUCCAUUUCUCCCCUUCUUGCUCCGGGGUGGCGGCGGCGGGCGGCGCGGCCAUGGCCAAGCAGCUGCGGGUCUACCAAGUCUGGAGAGGCAACAACAUAAUCUGGUGUGGUGGGAGACUGAUCUUUGGACCAGAUGCCAAGGCUACUCUGCUAUCUUUCUCGCUGAUCGUGGCCCCCGUUGUUGUCUUCUGCAUCUUUGUGGGCAAAAAUCUCAUACACAUCUUUCCUGCAUAUAACGCAGGGUAUGCAAUUCUGGUUGUCACCGUAGCCCUGACAAUUCAUGUACUGUUACUGCUCUUCUUGACCUCAUCUCAAGAUCCAGGUAUUGUACCAAGGAAUUCAAAUCCACCUGUGGAGGAGUUUUCUCAUGAUUCUUCAGCCCCUCAUACUCUCCAGUUCCCUCGGAUAAAAGAGAUCAUGGUCAAUGGUGUGCCCGUGAGAGUAAAAUAUUGUGAAACUUGCAUGCUAUAUCGGCCUCCUCGUUGCUCCCACUGUUCCAAAUGUGAUAAUUGUGUCGAGCGAUUUGAUCACCACUGCCCUUGGGUUGGUCAAUGUAUUGGACAGCGCAAUUACCGCUACUUCUUCUGGUUUGUUUGUUCGGCAGCAAUCCUGUGUUUCUAUGUGUUUACAAUGUCUGCAUUGUACAUCAGUCUACUCAUGAAGGAUCACCGUUCAGUGGUGGAGGCAAUUAAAGCAUCUCCAGCAUCAGUGGCAGUCAUGGGAUACUGUUUCAUUUGUUUCUGGUUUGUUGGUGGUCUCACCGGAUUCCACUCUUACCUCAUUGCAACAAAUAAGACAACAUAUGAGAACAUCAAGUACAAGUACAGCAACCAACCCAAUGCGUUCGACCGUGGUUGCAUACACAAUUGCUUCGAGGUCCUGUGCACGAAAAGGAAGCCGUCUAGGAUCAACCUGCGAGCCAUCGUUCAAGAGGAACAUGUUGCGUCCCUGCCACGAAUCAGCCGUUCCAGUGUGCCCGAAGAUGAGACGCCCCACCGUCCACGAGCCAAAGUGGAGGAUGACCUUGAGAUGGGCCUCGACAUCCUGAAGACCUCACGGCGCCGGUCAGAUGACCUGAGUGACUUAGAGUUGGGCACUACAAGCAAUGGCGCAAGAUAUCGCAGAAGUGAUUCAGACACUGAGAUCCCAGUUAUGACCAGAACCAUUACUGAGAGCUCCGAUCAAACUAGGGAUCUGGACUUCUAUUCAGUGACCAACGCUGCACAUCCCUCGUCUCCUGAGCAGAGGCAGCUCCCCGAUGAACUCCGCUGAUUGUAUAUGAGCGCCCCCUUGCAGUGAGAAAUAGUUUUCAGGGCGCAAACCAACAAGUUGCUCGUCAGUGAGGGCCGUGGGAUGUUUGAAAUUUGGAUGAAUAUGGCAUAUGCUCUCUGCUGCCUUCUUUUUGUAGGAUUUGGGGAAUGUUGGUUGAUUGGUGAUAGGUCUCUUUCUGUAAACAUCUCAGUUAUGCAUUUUAUUGUGAAGGUUUUAAGAGAUUGUAGUUUUCUUUUUUCUUUUUAGCAAGAUUCCAGGAAGAGUAUCUGAAGAUAGUCAACUGUGGAUUGUUAAUUGUACAUAAUUUGCAUAGGUGUAGACCAUUGAACUGUAUAAUUAUUUCCACCGGCCAUCUGAUGAUCCCAGAAAGCCAUUUGCUGGUUUGA